AUGAGCCGAAGGCAUCAAAAGGUUGUCAUCUCACUGGACGAGAAAAUUGCCGAAGGUGAAAAGAUGGUGGAAAAGUUGACAGCUGAUAAGAAAGCGCUUCAGACA